AUGGCGCUGCGCUCGGUAUUUGUUCGUGUGUCAAGGAAAUUGUAUGAUUUUAGAGUCAAUAACGCGAGGACAUUUGUCACAACAGCAUUCCUCUGUCGACGGAAGCCUCCAUUGGGCCCCAUGCCAAAUGAAGACAUUGACGUCCAAAACAUUGAUACGAUUGAAAAAUAUCGUACCUACAACCGUUACUUCAAACAUGCUCAAGUGGCGAACAGCAAGCCGGUCUGGUGGCACACCUAUCGUGGUUAUAUGGAGAAAGAGGAUCCAGAACUUGGCGUUACGCGAGUGGACAUUGGACUACGUCGGUAUCGACUCCCCAGAACUCAUGAAGUGAGGGAGAGGAGUCAAGUGAUGAAGACGAAUAAGAAGAAUGUCGAACUGGAGAGGAGUUGUCGUUUGAGAACAUUUAAGAUUAAUUUAGAUGCGGUGCAGGAAACGUGGGAGAAAAGCAAUGGUCCUUUUCAAAUAAGACGACUGGCAGACCAUUAUGGAAUCUACAGGGAUCUUUUCCCCAUGGCGUUUUUCCUGCCACAGAUCCCUUUGCGUAUCCGCUACGGCGAGGAAACGAGUGCUCAAGUGCAUUAUGGGAAUCCGCUGACACCGACGGAAGCGGCAUCUGCUCCCAGUGUCAGCUUUAAUGCCGACGAGGGCACGCUUUGGACCCUCCUGCUCACUUCCCCAGAUGAACAUCUUCUCGAUAAUGAAGCCGAAUACCUGCACUGGCUUGUUGCGAACAUACCAGACGGAGCGUUGCAGUCCGGGGAAGAACUUUGUCACUAUCUGCCACCUUUUCCCGCAAGAGGAACGGGCUUCCACCGCUACGUUUACAUCCUUUUCCAGCAGGAAGGGCCGAUAAACUUCCAAGAAGAUAGAAGGCCAUCGCCGUGUCACUUGCUGGAACACCGUACUUUCAAAACAGUGGAUUUCUACAGAAAGCAUCAGGAUAGCAUGACACCAGCAGGUCUGGCGUUUUUCCAGUCCCAGUGGGACGAAUCUGUGACGACCACCUUUCACAACACACUCGACAUGGCGGAGCCCGUGUUUGAAUUCAUCCGUCCUCCAGUAUACCAUCCACCACAAGUGAAAUUCCCCCACAGACAACCUCUACGAUACCUGGACCGAUACAGAGAUGGAAAGGAGCAAACCUAUGGCAUAUACUGA